AUCUAUUCUUAAUGAGCGCAAUGCCCAUUUAGCUCUUUACUCACGGGUUAUACAUAUUUUACCCGAUUCCUACUAUAAAAUACACAUUUUACUUGACCCAUUUAGUAAACUAAACCGGAAUAUAACCGACUCCCCCAGCUAAAGUUCUGCGCUUGCCUUCUUCACGGAAAUUGAUUGCUGAUUUAUUCCUUUGUCUUCUUAUUUCGGCAUUCACCUCUUUCAUAAUGGAAAGUGCGUGUAAUCAGGGAGACUCAUCAGCGAUGGAUUCACAUUCGCAGCAGCCGAUGACUAACCGGUCAAGCACAGGUUUUCACUCGAGAAGCCUGCACUAAUAAUAGUCUUUUUCAAAAAUUGAACUCUGCUAUCUGUGAAUUCGACUCUAAUGUAUUGGCUUUGCUAUCUUCUAAGGUGUAGGUCGCAAGAGAAAUCAUGAAAAUCAAGCAGAUAGUUCAUUUGCUGGCAUCAGCUUAACCAUGGCCUGAAAUUAAUCAAUCCAACAUUGUACUUGCUGCUGUGUUAUGCUUAAAGUAGGAACACCACGUGUUUGUUUAUUUAAUUCACCAUUAGCAUGAUAUAGCAGGUAGCCGUCGCCAAGUAUCUGGUAAUGCGUUAUGUUUAUUUCUUCAAUGAUGCACUGAAAACAUUAAGAAAUCCAAGAAGAUUAGUACUUCGUCGGCCUUUGAUAGUAUCAGCUCAUGAAAAAAUGCCACGAAUCGUAUUCCGCUAUCAGCUGUUGAUCAGAAUGCAUCCAAUCAAUUGGAAUAGACUUGGGAAAGAAAAUGAAUCAUGUUACUCAAAACUCUGGAUCUCAAGACUGAGAAAAUCAGCUUAUUAGUUCAAAUGUCUGGUACACAAGUGAGGGCCAAAGCCAGCAACCAUUUCUUCAGAUCAGUCUCCUCUUGCUACAGAAACACAGGACUGAUGAACAAAUCUCGCUGGUGCGGAGGCCCCUCUAUGGCAAGUUGAAGCAAAGCAGUUCCACCAGGCUGCGAAUCCUGCACCAGAACCUGAAAUGCUCUCUGGGCACUAGAGCCGCCUCUAUGUAACCCUGUUCGAAAAGUCUUGACGGUGUAGAAAUGUUUGGUUUGACUUCGCCAGCUGUUGUGCAGCUUUCUGGCUAUCAAAUGAUCAUUGCACUCCUGCGCUAUUUAUAUGAUUGUUGAGGAGAAGCCAACAUUUCCCAACAAACUCUAUCCAAUAGAUCUGCCAGUAGGAGUUCUACUCAAAAGCGGCACGACCGUGGUCCGGGAAUGCACAAUAUCAUAAAGAGUCUUCAGACUACCCCUGAUCAAACAAGCGGAUUUGCAUCAGGACUUGACCCGCCGCGAACACGUCCCAACAACCUAAUUCCAAUUUAUCUGCCAAUAAUAGUUAUACUCAAAAGCAACGCGGCCGUGGCCCGGGUAUUAACAAUGUCAUAAACAAAAUUCAAGUAACUCCAAGCACAGAAUAUAAAUUAGGCCCUCCUGCUGCUGCAGACAGUAUAUAUUUGAUGGUGAUCACAUCAUUAAUUGAUUAUACCUCCAGUUGUCUUAUAUAAUGUGUGAACCUGUAUCUCAACAAAGGUUUGAUGCGCUAUCUUAUCCUUUCUGUUGAUAAGCAGCAGCGUUAAUCAAGAUGGUCAAUUUUCCGUCGCACUGUCUAAUCCCAGGUCAUAGCAGAUGAAGGAACAUAUACGAACUAUGAUACUCUCAGUCAAGAAUCACUCCCUUGAAAAGGAUGGAGAACUGCGGCAGCUCUGGAAAGGAUAAUGCUGGUGGUAUGAAGAGAAAUCUUCUUGGGUUGAAAACACGAAAAUGAACGAAAUGAAGCAUCUCGUGUGUUUGCGUCAGAAGAAGCUGAAGCUGAGGCAAGAAAGGAAUCUGUAAAGACAUUUGUGCCUGGUGAGAUACCUGCCCCUGAGGUUUCAAAGGAAGAGCAGCCACCUAAAAAGGUUGCCCCAACACCAGAGCAAAUAAUAGCUAUCAAGGCUGCCAUUCUUAAUUCCCAAACACUUGAAGAGGUUGCAAGGCUUGAACAGGCUUUGAAAUCUGGCCAGCUUCCUGCAGAUCUUGAAAUCAUUGAUACUGAUCCUGUGACGGUCGACACGAACACCAAUGUGGACAAAAUGAUAACGGAAAGUGAAAAGGAAGCUAAGGAUGGAACAAGUGAUGUCAAUGAACAGAAAAUGAUGGGCCUGCAGACAUGGAGCAGGUCAGUUCCUCACACAACUGAAAAUACAAGGAAAGCGGAUGAAAUAAAGGUUCUGGGAUGGAUUAUAACACGGGUUCAAACGAGGCAUAAGUUCUACAUGGUUUGCCGCCAAAUCUCUAACUAUGCAGCAUCUACUUUGCUUACUGUUUUAAUGUUUUUCGUAGUCCGUAAACACUGUUGGACUGAUUUAGAAGACGAAAGCACGCAAGCAUGUCAUAUACCUAGAGCUCUUGGUACAGCUCUACAUCAAUUUCUGAGCAAUAGGGAGGAAAGGAUUGAAAGACAAAAAACUGAUUAUCAAAAGCAAGAUGCCCAGUCAAUAGCAGACCAUAAAUUGCGAUACACAUACUGAUGGAUCAUACAGAUACAAGAUUAUUGACGAGGUGCUUACAAUAUCAUAAAAGCAGCUCUAAUGAUGCACUUUACUAUAUUUAUCAUGGGUGUAAGACAACUUACGAGAUUAGCCACUAUAUGUAACCUGGCUCUGUUCCUUGAAGUGCACGGAGGUUUGAAGUUUACUCUUAGAGUCACAGUUUUUAGAUGGCCAUUCAUGAUUGAAUCAAACAUGGCCCAGGUGUGGAAACUAUCUUUAGAAGACAGAAUAUAGUCAUGUUUAGCGAAUCUAACAGAGGAAGUACAUUGUUAGAGACGGGACGAACUCCUCACACUGUCAUAGAUCAGAAUCUCAUGGAUCAGACUAUGUCAUCGCUGGACAAAGGAACACGUGGUAAUUUAUCACUUUUUGUCGUGACAUCUUGAUAUAUUCUAAAAAAGUUUGCUAAUGUUAGGUGCAGAUCUAUGAAUUUUUGUGACGUCUUGGAUGCUUUACACAAGGUUCAUAAAUAGGCAUUGUCAGCUGAUACGGCUUCUAACCCAUUGCCUCCAUUAUUGACAAAUAUAGUUUUCUGUAAAACCAUGACAUUGCUUAAUGUCCCCAAGGUAAGCAGGAUCAUGAUCAUCAUCUUUGAUUUUAUUAUAGUAGUAGGUAGAAUAGCCGUUAAACAAGUGCCAAAAUCUCAGAACAAGAUGAAUAUAUUUGAUUAUCUAUUUGACUCCCACAGGCAGACUUCCUAAAGAAAAAGUUCGCGUUCCAGAACUAUUUUGUCACAAGGAUAUUAAACUGGCGUAUUAAUAUCAAUAUCUUAAGUGUAUUCCUUUUCCAUCAUCAUCUCAAUUCAUAGGUAAACAAAGGCAUGUAAAUUACUAUAAACAUAAUGUAGGAAGGGGUAUAGAAAUAGUAUUUCACCUUACUACACUCAUUCCCCUGAUUACAUAUUAUCUCUUCGGCCUGUCAAGGGAAUGCCCCUCAUAGUUCAACCUUUGAAUUAGGUUGCCAGAUUAAGAUUGAUUUCCGACCGUGUGUUCUUUCAAAUAAGGUGCACAACUUGCUCCAGACAUAUCCUAGACAUUUGACGGUUUUGUUGCUUAAUGGCUUGAGUCAUCCUUUUGGUUUGAGAAUAAUAUCAGUAAAUUUAUGUUUACUCUUAGUUACUCAUGAAAAUAGUAUGAUAGGAUAUGUCUGGGGGAAAUAGAUAAGCUGCUCCUGAUGUUGAUUUUAGCUACUGAUCUGAGCUAGCUGCAACAUCAGGAGCAGCCAGGAUAUGUUGCUGCUAGCUCAGAUCACAAGAGUCUGUUGCAGCACAGCCUAUCUCAUUGCAGCAUAAUGUUGUGUUGGUGAUAAACUUUUUUGGCCAUACCACAAGGUAGUUUCGCAACUAUUCUUUUUCUACUGUAAUGCACGUGCAGAUCUAUGAAAAGCUCCAAUGAUUGAGGGAUAUCACGUUUAAAGUAGCAUAAGUAGAGUGAGAAACUGGAUGGCCUAAGAGAUAGACUUACAUAGUUAUGUCAAUGCUAGCUGGUGAUUCACAUUACUUGGAUAUUGGACAAUAUCAGCUACAAAAAGAGCAGCAUAAUUAUCAUAUCAUGUGAAGAAGGCAUCUGUAAUUUCCAUCAGCAUUACAACUUUCCUUUACCUUUGCUGUGCAGGCUCUGUCUCUACAACGAUUAUGACAACUAUAUUUUCUCUGGAGAGCAGCCUAUGCUUUAUUGUCAAAGGAACAUCUAAGUUGAAGAGGAAUAGGUGUGUUUUCUUACUAUAAGGCUACAUAUAUUUGCUCUGUGCACAUUAUGGCUAAUGUUGUAGCUACUCCAGCAACUGAGAUAGCUGAAUAGAGAGCAUUUUCUAUCGAGAAAUACUUAAAUCUUAACCUCUAUGUUUACUUCAAUAUUUCUCUUAUAUACAUAACUGAUAUAAAAGAGAAAAAUAUCUUUAUCUAUUACGGAUUAUGCCCGGAUAAAAUAAAAGAUAAUUUCAAUGAAUUAAAAGUCACUGAAACUCUAACUACAUAUUUUGCUUUUGGUUUUAUAUUCCUAAAAUGAUCAACUUCUUUAUAUCCACCAUUAGCUUGCUACAGUUGAAAACCAAAGAACCAGUUCAAUAAAUGGGAGAUUGAAUGCAGGAGUAGUGCUGUAAGCCUGUAACACCCUACAUCUCUGUUUUAAUUUAAAUUAAUACUGCUGGCUAUGCUUUUUUUGUAUUGUUAUUAGUGGCUGAUAACAAUAUUACAUAUUGUACAGAAUCUUAAAGAAACAUUAAAAUGAUUCGAGGAUGCAUCUAAUUACUAGACACUCAUAACUUCACUAAUGCUUGAUUCUAAUUGCAGAAAUUGCAUGUUUUCUGCGUGUCUACAUUCUUUUAGUUGAUUUUUUCUUAUGGAGUGCAUUGUUGUCUUCAUGUGAGAUACCAAUGGAGAUUAUAAAUAUCCUGAAAUCUGAAUUUUUUUUGCCCAUGGCAGCGUGUUCAUCCGAGGCCCAUUAAUACAAAUUCUCUAGCAUUUUAUAAGCAUUUUUUAUAUCAUAGUGUUUGAUGUGGCAUACUUUUGAUUUUUGUAUGGGUAAUGCUACAUACCCCAAAAUCCAAAAAUCUUUACCAAAUGAUGUGGCAAACAAGUGGCAAAUUAUGAUUGGGUGAUUGAUGAAUCUGCAGGGGGUCUCAUUAUUAUGGGACUGAAUAUAGCCAAUCAGAUUUCACCACAUCAUUUGGGAAAAAUAUUUGGGAUUAUUUUUUGGGGUCCCUAUCAUUUUCCUUUUUGUAUAGCUUUGGGUAGUUCUGGGUAUUUUCUUGAUGGCCAAGCUCAUGCCGCUGCCGCCACUGGUUUGUUAGCUCGCACUGAAUUUCACCUGCACAUGCCACCAGCUAUAGCUGUGACAACAAGAGGGAGAUUAAAAGGAUUGAGACUGCAGCUGUCACUUCUUGACCGUGAAUUUGAUGAUCUAGGUUUGUUGAUACUUAGUACUUAGUAGUAAGAGUUCACUUAUACACAAAGGAUGCAGUUCAAAAGCAUCUUCAUUGCAUUCACAUGCUUGCAAUCAAAUUCUGACAUAAUAGCUCUGAUACUUUCCAUGUUUGGCGUGCGGGUAUACAGAGUCAGUGUUUUAUUGUAACAUUGUUUGUUUGUUAUCUGCUUGCAUGAUGAUAGUAUCCUCGGAAUGGUCGCAGAUGGAUGUACAUAUUUUGUUUUUGUUUUUCCUGUAUAACUUGACCAUAAGAUUUUUUAUGCGGCAAAUUAAGUUGAUUGUACCUAUCAAAGAGUGGCCGUUAGUUAUAUAGUUUGGUUGACAUGUU